AUGGACGCUGUCAGCAUCGAUGCAGCCACAAUUCUCAUCGACUUGUACGGAAUAAAAAUCGACAUCGCCGCCCUCAGCGCCCCGCUCGAUGGCUUCGACGGAACCUUGAACAGAGCUGUCGACGUUGAUUAUGCCGAGAUCUACCCGCAGGAUGGUUUGAGCCAAGCCAUCAACGAUGUCGAUGUCGUCGCCUCUAGCACGUUUGAUCCUGCGAGCAGCACAAGAGUCACAAACUCUGUGACGGCACUCAAGCCGGAUAUUCUUGCCAAUCUUGACAGAUUGGUUGAUGAUAAGCCUGGCUUCACCUCUGCCGGAAUUGUCAGUUUUGUGAAGGCAAAUCUCCAGUCCCUUCAAGGAUUUACCACUGUAGUCUCCACAGAAAUCCAAACGAAGGUCAUCACUACGGACAAGGCUACCAUUGCGUCAGUGAUUGUGGAGGUUGAUGCAGUGUAGUCCAGUCCAACUACAGCCUUUUACCAAAGGAAAUGGCAUCGAAUUCGAUGGGUUUAGCCUAGGAGAGAUGGAAAUUCGCACUGCAGUCUUAGGAUGUGUUUACACAAGCUUCAACAGUGGAGCUUGCCAUGUAGCUAGAGACAUAAGU